GACGGGGCCUACAGUGCGCCCAUUAAGGCAAAAGCCCACGUCGAGGUCCCAACCUGCCCUGUUUCGGAGACAGAUUGGCGUGCCUGGCUUAAUGACCAGGCCGACCAGGCCGCCAAGCUAGCCUGUAAGCUACAUCCUACGUCGGGCCAGGUUACGGCCAGCCCGGAAGACCAGCUUCUCAGGGUAAAGACAUUCAUGUAUGCCGCCUCCCGUGUGCUCGAGUUGGGACCAGCUCCUCGGGAUGAAUGGAAGGACCUCAAGCGGCCGCACAGCGGCCGCACGCCAGCCUGUAUGAUCGUUCACGAGUUCGUCCAG